GUACCCAUCCUUAUCAUUUCUGUUACCUCCCUUGUUUCACGAACACCCACAUUACAUUUAUUAACAGUACUUCUAUAGCUAAUAUUUAAGCUGUCAUGUUUCGGAAAAUAUGGAAUUUCAUCAAAAGACACAAAAAGAAAUUAAUUGUGACAGCUGUUCUGUUAUAUGGGAGCAGGUAUGUGUACAGAUAUAUAUCUCGGCAACUCAAAGAAUUCCAGGAUAAAGAAGCUGCAGAGUGUUUAGAGCAGGCCAGACGCCAGCAUCAUUUUGACAGCAACCAAAGAACAUGUAAUAUGACAGUCUUGUCUUUGCUGCCAACACUUAGAGACAAGUUACGGGAAUUAUUGAACACAGAAAAAAUUUCAGAUGAGCUUAAAUCAAAUCCAUCCAAUAAGCUGGAACUAUGGGAAGACUUGAAGAUGUGCAGUUUCACCCGUAUGAUCACAGUCGUGUACGCGUGUUCUCUGAUGUGCAUGAUGCUAAGGGUGCAGCUCAACAUUAUCGGGGGCUACAUGUAUGCAGACAACGUUAGACAGCACAAAGGACUGGUAGGCAGUUGGACAAAAGCAAACACAAUGAUCCAAGUUGCUCCAACUGAAGUUCAGGAGAGAUAUAUAGGGCUAGUCAGGGUGUUCUUCGAUAAAGGCUUAGAGAAGUUGAUGUUACGAGUGAAAGAUGCAGUCACUAAGGAGACUCAGAGUGUAUCACUAAAGGAGAAGCUAACACUGCAAAACCUUGAGGCGAUGGUGAAACACGUGCGCGCUCGGGUGGAGAACGGUCAUGAGUUGGGGGUUCACCAUCCUGCCACCUUGCCUCUCACACAGCAUCUGGUGUGCUGGAACGCAGUCAAACAGUCUUCCAUAGAAGAUGGAACAUAUGGCAAGUUGUUGAAGGAAACAGAAGAUAUUUUAGAAAGUGCAGAUUUCCACUGUGUGCUUUCAUUGGGGCUUGACAGAGGGUUUGCCAAGGUUCAGGAUUAUCUUGCAGAGUUGUUCAAAUCUCAUCAUAAAACAGAGACAUCGAUAGUACACCUCCAUGAAGUGACCAUACCAAUGGCCAAGUUGAUUCCAUUUGUGAGCAGCCUGUUAAUGAAACUGGGCAGUGACGCGCCCAACCCUUUAGUCCAGGAGUUGCUGCUCAUGGAACAAAGCAAGACUCUGGCAGCAAACAUCUAUGAAGCCUUCAGCAGCACAGAUGACGUGGAGGAUUCACAGUUCUCACCUUGAACAUACCAUUGUGUUAUAUUCUUGAUUGAUAUUUUAACUCAUUCAGUGCUGGAACUGAAUUUUGAAGGCCUUUGCAAACAGUUUGGAUCCAGAUGAGACGCCACAGAACGUGGCGUCUCAUCAGGAUCCAAACUGUUUGCUAUUCUGAUAGUAUUCUUUGAAAAAAAUUGAAGAAAAUGCUACUUUUUGAAAUUCAGCAGACGACAUUUUAGCAGACGACAAAUUUCCCAGCAUGCAAAGGGUUAAUAUUAUCAUGUGUCGGCACUCUGGGAAAAAAUGGGCUUUAUGCAUUUGGACUAAGUGUCAUCCAGAUUAGCCUGCGCAGUCUGCACAGGCUAAUGAGGGAAGACACUUUCUGCUUUGUUGGUAUCUUUUGUAACAGGAAGUCUCUUCCUGAGCAAGUCCAGUUAAGUAGUGGCCCUGAUUAGCCAGUGCAGACACCUCAGCCUCAGGCCAAAUUACGUACAUGCACUAAAUUCCAUUUUCCCAGAAUGAACCUCGAAUGUAUUUAGUCGAAUGUUAGUGCCAACACUAACAUUUGUCGUCUGCUAAAAUGUUGUCUGCUGAAUUUCAAAAAGUAGCAUUUUCUUCAAUUUUUUCAAAGAAUACUAUCAGAAUAGAAAAGUUUAGAUCCUGAUGAGACGCCACGUUCUGUGGCGUCUCAUCUGGAUCCAAACUGUUUGCAAAGGCCUUCAAAAUUUGGUUCCAGCACUGAAAGAGUUAAAAUUAUUGUUGUGAUGUAUGCUUUUAAAACACAGUCUGCAUGGACUUACAAUGCAGUCCUUAUGGCUUGAAAAUCAAGUCAAUAUAGUCCAAAUCUGAAUGUCUAUGGUCCAUAUACAUUUGGUUGAAUAUGUAUUGUAUUAACAUGUGUAACGUUUCAUUGUUACUGUGAUAUUCACGAUGAUAGAACGCGUACUAUUUGUUCUCAUUCGAACAUUGUGAAACUGUUCUUUUGAUCAUGAGUGAUUGGAUUUUAAUAAUCAUAUGAUAUGCAACAUUGAUUCCUAAUAAAAAAAUCAAACACUUA